CCAAGGAGCCCCUUCCAGUUGACGGGCGGGUAGAGGAGGAGGGGAGGGGCGGUCUAUAUACUCGGGGCGGCCUGGGCGAGGGCCGCAGUUCGUUUGUAAACACACCGAGAGGAGGAAACCAACUUGCGUUUACUUAGUUUCCCAGCCUGACGCCGAAACCGGGAUGCCGCAGAAGGGAGGAGCGUUCUGGGAGCCGCUGCGGCCUGCGCAGCUGGACCAGCUGUACCGGGAGCUGGGCGCCUCCGAGGAGACCCUGCGCCGGGACGUGGCCGCCAUCCGCCAGUGGAUGGCGCUGCAGCCGCACCUGCCGCAGCUGGACGGCACGGGGCUCGACGUGGACCACUGGCUGCGCAUGUACCUGCUCCGCUGCAAGAACUCGAUCGAGCGUACCAAGGAGUCGCUGGACGUGCUGCUGUCCGGCCGCUCCACCAUCCCCGAGUUCUUCCGCCAGCGCGACCCGACCGCCCCGGACGUGCAGGGCAGCUUCGACACGACGCUCAUCGCCACCAUGCCGAGGCUCACGCCCGACGGCUACCGCGUCCACUACUACGCGUACCCGACGGCCGACGCCAAGGGCUUCCAAGUCGAGGCCCUGUUCCGGCGCGCCCUCAUGAUGGGCGAGAUCCUCAUGCGCGACGACCUGCCCGCCGGCGAGAUCAUCGUCGUCGACCUGGCCAACGGCAACGCCUCCCGCUUCCGCGACUUCACCCUGGCCAUGAGCCUCUUCAGCAAGUUUGUCCGCGCGGGUCUGAAGAUGUACCCGCUGCGCCUGAAGCACUUCUACCUCAUCAACCUGCCGCCGUUCCUCAACGCCAUCAUGACCCUGCUCGGGACAGUGAUGCGCGAGAAGCUGUACAGCCGGAUUAUCGUCGACCCCACGGGCUGCAACGAGCUCAAGAAAAACAUCCCGGCCGAAUGCAUACCCGAGGACUACGGUGGCGAGGGUCCCUCCCUGCGCGAGGGCAACGGUCUGUGGCGCAGCCUGCUCGUGGAGAACAGGGACUGGUUCCUCGCCCAGGAGAGCAUCAGGACGGACGAGUCCAAGAGGGUGGGGACCUCCAGCUUCAUGGACGAAAUCAGCUGCCCAGGCUCCUUCCGCACCCUGGCCGUCGACUAAAGGUAGAUCCUCAACACUUGCUGCUGGGCCGCCUCGCGACAGAGUCGAAUAGGUUGCCUACGUAGCCGGCGGUGCCGUCUGACAAGAACACUCCGCCCUCCAUCGAAGUUCCUCCGCACCUUCAAAGCGUGCCGGCGGCAGCGGCAGCAGCAGCGCCAGCACCACGCCAACCGGGCGCCGUCGUUAUCAUAUCCAGCGCCGCAGCCGUUUCUCAUUAUUCACCGAUACGUCAGCCGUCCCCUCUCCUCCCCGCAUCGCCCGUUUCUUUCCUUUUCUCCUCCUCAUGCACCGCCAACAGCACACGAAAACAUCUCCGAGCGCACAUCACAGAGGCGGCGCACAAAUUGUCGUGACCCGUUCGAAAGUUCCUCUAAGCAAUAAAAGUGCAGAAGCUCUCUA